AUGUACGGAGAGAAAAUCACGUGUGUUUCAUUGGUAGAGAAAGGGAACAAAGAGAAAGAUAUCGGCGAGCUAUACGAGAAGUUAGCUCAUGAGUAUCAAAUUCCUUUCAGCUGGUUUGAUUUUCAUGAAGUGUGUCUGAAACUGAGAUUUGAUAAGGUGGAACUUCUUCUAGAGGAGAAGGACGUCAAAAUCGCCAUGGAGACACAAAAGUACGAUAGCAGCGACGAGAAGAUCAAGCAAACCGGAGUUUUUAGGAUCAACUGCAUAGACUGCUUGGAUCGGACAAAUAUUGUUAGUAAGUUUCUUUGUCUGAAGAGCCUAGAGCGACAAUUGGACAGUGAAGGUAUCAUCAUCAAAAAUAGAGGCCAAUUUAAAUACGGAUUUUCCCACUUGUGGGCCAAUCAUGGGGAUAAAUUAAGUGUUCAAUACUCUAACACAAACGCAUUGAAGGGAGACUAUACUCGGACCGAAAGACGUGGAUAUCACGGGGUAAUCAAUGACGGAAUAUUGACUUUAGUGAGAUAUUAUCACGGAUUUAUCACAGAUUAUUAUGACCAAGUAGUGAUUGAUUUCCUAUUGGGAAAUGAACAACAGGAUGUAUUUGAAAGGUAUGAAGCUACAUUGGAAAACUUUGAUCCGAAUUUGGAAAAAGAAAAGCAAUUAGGAAGACGGAUCUUUGCUGAAGAGUCAGUUCGAACAAUUUUGGGAACGACAAGAAAUCCAACAAACCCAGCAUACAAUAUCAGAACAAUGAUUAUUGGAGCUUGGUGGGUAGAGGCAAAUACCGACUGGCAUAACAAGUUCGAACUUAAUGAUGCUCUACUAAUUAUGAUGGAUACCGCCUUUAUUUUGGAAGUGAAAACAGACGAGAAGAUUAUCCAGAUUGAUUUAGCUUCGAUAGACCUUGUCGAGUAUGGCCAUUAUUAUGUCGAUGCCCUAUCGUAUCACAGUAAACAGCCAUACAGGAAUAUUGAACUAUUUCCUAAAUGGAAACAAAUUGAUAAUGAUAUAAAUAGGGAGCAAGGCCCGCGAAUUGGAGGAACAACGAUUUUGAGCUCUUUGGUUCAUUUGACUUAUCAUUAUCUAUCCGUAUUAUACAAGAUGUCUGAAGAUCCUGAAUUAGAACAACAGUUGGAAUACAGCCCUACUAAGAAAGAGUACAAGUUCGGACUUUCCUACGGGAUGAAGAACCAUUUGAUUGCUGCCAGUGGCGAAUUUAUUGGUACCUUUAUUUUCUUGUGGUCAGCCUAUAUGAUCGCCCAGAAUGCCAAUUCUGACACUACAUAUGGUUCGAAGGGAUCGAACCCUGCCAAACUUAUUAUGAUUGCAUUUGGCUUCGGCUUUGGUGUUAUGGUUGGUAUCGUUUUAACUGCCAGAGUGUCUGGUGGCCACUUGAACCCUGCCGUUACAAUAUCUAUGCUUUUGGCAGGUGCUGUCACCCCAUUGAGAGCUCUUAUCAUGAUUAUUUCACAGCUUGUUGCUGGUUUAGCGGCAGGCGGUGCUGCUUCUGCAAUGACCCCGGGCCCAGUUUUGUUUGCUAAUGCAUUACUUCCAGGUGUUUCCAGGGCCAGAGGUUGCUUUAUCGAAUGCUUUGGUACUUGCAUUUUAUGCAUCACGGUUUUAAUGACUUGUGCAGAACACUCGUUCCUCUCUGAUUGGGCUCCUGCUGCAAUUGGUAUCUCCUUGUUCAUUGGUCAUUUAAUCUGUGUUUAUCCAACUGGUGCUGGUUUGAACCCUGCCAGAUCCCUUGGCGCUGCUGUUGCUGGUGUUCCCCAACUUGCCAUUCCUAAUUACUUCUGGAUUUAUUGGGUGGGUCCUAUUCUUGGAUCAGUCAUUGCAUACGGUAUUUGGAAAUUCUGGAGAUUGUUGGAUUAUACCACUUGCGUUGCUAUGCCCGCUACUGAAGAGGAGCAUUGA